AUGGGUAGCCAAAAUAGAAUGCACACAAUCUGUUUUUUCGAUUGGUCCUUACGUGACUUGUAUUUUGUUUUUUAUAAUAUAAAUGAGACACGUAUUACCGUGAAAAAAAAGAAUGCGAACAGCCUGACGAAUGCAGGCACGUACCUCUACCUUAGAAUUUUACACGCGGACACACUGGUAAACGACAAUGCGCUCGGCCUCGACGUAGCUAGCGCCGAGGGCGCGCCGACCACGUCCCGCUCGUCCCCGAGAUAUUCUAUGCACUCCUUCGCAGUGCCAGCUAGGCAGCUCGCCAUCCUCGGUGGGACGUCGCGUCUCGGUUUCGGUCCAAUUUGUACGUAUGCAUGCACUCGUCUUCCCAACCGCAACAGGCCACCGGCUCGCAACCGCGCACGGGCUGAAGAUCCAAGCCCGGACUACUUUUUUGCACUAGCAGGCGAUUCAAAGUUGUUCACUAGUCGCUACCAUGAAUGCCCUGGCAUACAGUAUACUAAAUUACUUGGAUUCAACGAGAGCCCACCCGCUUUCCUAUCCUUCCCGGCCGGGGGCAUCAUUCCACGUAUGAAAGACGGCAUCAACUUUGCAUCGGGAGGGUCAGGGCUGCAGAACCAAACGGGCGAUCAUGUACGCGCACCGUGCGGGGGAGUCUACAGCAUGGCCGACCAACUGGAGGAGUUCAAGUUGGUCGUCAUGAUGCUGGGGAACGGCUCGUACGACCUCAUCUCGAGAUCGCUCUUCUUCAUCAGCGUCGGCAGCAACGACCUCUUCGAGUACGCCGACGCCAAGAACCCGCCUCCUAACCGCGACGACGCCGCCUUCCUGAAAUGCCUCGACGACUCUUACAGGACCUACCUACAGGAGCUGUAUGCGCUCGGGGCGAGGAAGUUCAGCAUCGUCAGCCCGUCGCUGGUGGGGUGCUGCCCGUCGCAGAGGGCGGCCGCGCUGCAACAUGACAAUGACUUGGACGAGCUCCACUGCUUCCGCCCGGCGAACAACCUCUCCAAGCGACUCUACACUUUGCUAGCCUCGACGCUCCAGGACCUCGGCGGCGAUCUGGAUGGCAUGCACUACUCCCUCUGCGACUCGGCAGGGAUGGCCGAGGGGGUCUUCACGCCCGGCGGCGCCAAAGACCUGACGGUGGUGGACACGGCCUGCUGCGCCGGCCCAGGGCCGUUCGGGCUGGGCCUGUGCAACACCACCGCCACGCUGUGCCCCAACCGCACCGACUUCGUGUUCUGGGACAGCUUCCACCCGACGGAGUAUGCGUCGGGUUUGGCCGCGUCCGCGCUCUUCGCCGACUCCGGCAAUUUCGUCCGCCCGAUCAACGUGGGGCAGCUGGCGGCGCUGUAGCGUGGAGAGCCGCGAGCGAUCCAUCUGGCCGUGCUCCGGCGACGGACGACUUGCUACUAUUGACUACGGAAUAAGUAGUGGUGUGGGACUACAGAG